GCGACAACAUCCUGGCGGUGCUCCAGCACCUGGUGAUGUCGGACGAGCUGGCGGAUUCCUCUAAGUAUCGCCACGGUAACAUGGUGUUCUUCGACCUGCUGGGAUUGACGGUGGUGGCGUAUCCCGCGCGCGUCGGCACCAUCAUCAACCUCAUGGCGGCCGUCGCCACGGUGAUCUACCUGGGCAGGAAGUGCAUGAUGACCAGUAGUGAGGGCGGGCGAUACACGCGUGAUCUGGUGUGUGCGGUGUGUGUGGCGGUCCUGGGUUGGUUCGUGGCUCUUCUGUCGGUUCUGAUCGUGGCUCUGCUCGUCACACUGACGGGUCGCUCCAUGUUCUGGUACACACACUUCUACGCCGCUGUCUGUCUGUACGGAUCCGUCGCCGCCGGCAAGAUCCUGCUGAUACACACGCUGGCCAAGAACCUGUACUAUGGGAGCUCGAGUCGUGUGUAUCUGUCUGAGCUGUUCUUCGACGUGAGUCUGGUGUUGUGGUGUUGUGCGCUGCUCUUCCUCACUCAGCGAGGGUUGUGUUCAGCGUACGUUCCCAUGAUGAUGGUGGUGUUUCCACUCGCCAGCAAACUGAUGCUCAGAAAACACUUCAGAGCCAGAGGAGCAUCUCUGCAGUACUCUGUCCUGUACCUCGUGGGUCUCACUGUACCUUACGUCCACAUCAUGUUCCUCAUCUGGGUGGUUUUUGAGAUCUUCACACCAAUCCUGGGCCGCAGCGGAACCGAAAUACCACCGGAUGUCAUCCUGGCGUCAAUUGUUACCCUGGCAACCGUGAUUCUGUCUUCCUAUUUUAUGCAUUUCAUCUAUCUGUCACACAGCACGAAGCGGAUGCUGGCUGGUCUGGGGUCAGUGUUCACGCUGAUGUUUGUUCUGGUCUGCUGUGGUCUGUUCUUCCCAUACUCUGGUGACCCAUCCAGUCCUCGACCCAAACGAGUCUUUGUGCAGCACACCACACGCAGGUUCCACGCACUGGACGGAUCUCUGCAGAGCUCUGACUCGGGAUUAUGGGUCAACAGUCUGGAUUACACCGGGAUGCAGCACAUCACUCCUCAUAUCCCAGAGAUCAACGACAGCAUCCGCACACAAUGCCAGGACAAGAUGCCCUACUGCGGAUUCCCAUGGUUCCUCCCGGUCAAGUUCCUGGUCAAGAAGAACUGGUAUCUCCCGGCUCCUGAAGUCUCUCCUGAAGCUCCGCUGGAGUUCCGGCUCUUAUCCAGAGAGGUGACAGAAUGGGGAAGCAUUAAAAUGACUUUUGAGGUCAAAGGCCCGACCCACAUGUCCCUGUAUCUGCUGCCUGAUGCCGACGUGUCUCUGAGCGGGUGGUCAUUCGGUGACGGGACGCCCCAGUUCGACCUCAGCGGGGAAUACUUCAUAUUCUACUCCCACGGCCUCCACGCUCCGGCCUGGAGCUUCUGGUUCGAGAUCCAGUCACCCAGAGCUUCAGAAGCGUCUCCUGACGAGGGCUCGAUCUCUCUGGCCGUGUCCGCUCAUUAUUUCUCCGGUCCGGACCGACGCUCCGACCCGCUCGAGUCGUUCCUGAAGAGAUUCCCUGACUGGACGUUCCCAUCCUCAUGGAUCAGCACAUACCACAUGUACAGAUACUGAGGGCCCUGAUCACACACUCUCUCACACACACACAGAAACCACUCACUGUGGACCCUACAAGCUCCUUCAUUCACAUCAACCAACGCACAGUGUUUAUUUAUUUUAUUUGUCUGGGUCAUAUUUCAA